AACAGGCCCGAUUCUGCUUUGUGGUAGCCUUGUGUGGUUACGCAACAGAAGCUUGACAAUGCUAGUAUCUCGAUUUCCUUUUGCACAGCAUCUGCCUAACCGCCUUUGGGCCUGCUAUUAUUGAGCCCCUACCAUUUCAUCCGCCAUGCGAUCGAGAGCAAUCAUCGCCCGUCAGAUCGAACGGCUGUGGCCGCGCCUCACCCCGGGUACCACCAAUCGCGCCUUCGAUCCGUCGCGUCCCGCCGCCCUUGUCCAGUCGCUCGCGGCCCGCUCCCCACGCGCACCCGAACUCUCUCCGGUCUUGCGGACGCCGCCUUCCGCCGCCGCAGCGGAAGCGCGGACCGUGACCUCGAGAUUUUUCCGCGCGCAGGCAGCGGCGGCGGGGCAUCGCGCCUUCCCCUGUCCCGUAGGCGCAGCUGCUCUCCCGGCCUCCUCACUUGGUCUUCCCGCCGCCCCCGCGCUCCCCGAUCCAUCUGUUCCCCCAACCGCCUCCGCCCUCCCUGCGCCCGCCUGGACAGCGCCCGCUUACUCGCUUUGCGCCGCCGCUGCCGCGCGCGCCUCUGGGACCAAACCUCCGGAUUCCCCCUGGUCCGAUGGUUUCCCCCGUGCCGCUGCUUCCCCCUGCGCUCCCCGCCCCUGCUCCGGUGUUUCUAGCGGAUGGGCGGCUGCAGAUGACGGACUGCGCACUGUAGCUGACGGACGGAGUACUGUAGCUGACGGACCAAUCAGGGCGCCUAAUAGAUGUACGCCUGUCGCAGACCAGGGCGAAAACGGAACAGAGCGGGCUGUGGUGGGUUCUGAACGGUGCAGUACGGUGGAUGGAGGACGAAGAGAGAGAGAAACGUCGGGUGGUAAGGAGAGGGCUUCCGGGUUCAGGGUUUAUGCGAAUGGGGGUAGAGGAGGAAAGGAUGGCUUGGGAUGGAUACUGGAGAGCAGAAAACGUGGGGCAUUUCUGCAGGACUGGAGGUACGGAGCGUCUGUGGCUCAUAGACGGCAUGUGCAUGCAUGCAGCAUGCACAGAUGGCAUGUGUAUACAUGCAGUAUGCACAGACAGCAUAUGCAUGCAUGCAGUAUGCACAGACGGCAUGCCCAUAGGCAGCAUGGCUAUAGACACUACACUCAUAGAUGCGACAUGGGUCGGCGGUAUACGUGGCAGUCUUAUAUUGAUAGACGUCGUAUCCACAGAUUGCAUGUAGACGGGCGUUUUAUACACUCUAGCAGGACCGCGAGUAGUGAGACGUCCGAUGUCAACAGCAGCAGCAGCAGCACUAAGGGCAGCAGCGGUAAGAGGAGUUGGAGGGAGAGGGAGGUGCUUCAGCCCGCCAAUCUGGUGUCCUUGGCAAGACUCGCCUCCGGCCCUCCCAUAGCCGCUCUCAUCAUCUACGAUCACAAAGAAGCUGCAGUCGCGGCUCUGCUACUGGCCGGGGCUUCUGACUGGCUCGAUGGCUACUUGGCUCGGCGAUUCAAGGGCGGAGAUUCUGUACUGGGUUCCUACCUCGACCCGUUAGCCGACAAGGCUCUCGUGGCCUCUGUGUCGGUGGCGCUGCUGGUCAAGGGGCUGCUGCCGCCGUGGUUAGCAGUGCUGGUGGUGGCGCGAGACGUGUUCUUGUUCGGAGGGCAUGUGGCAAUGCGGCUGAACGAGGUGCAGUGGAAGUGGUGGCAGCAUCGCUCACACUUCUUCAACAUACAGAAGGGCACAGCUGAGAGGGUUGAACCCCUCCUUAUAAGCAAGGUCAACACGUGUCUACAGAUGCUGCUGCUCCCCGUUGCUCUCCUGCACGACCCUUACCUUGUCUCCACCGCUCCAGACCUCCUUCAAUACCUCUGCUACUCGGUUGCUGCCACCACUGUCACCUCCUGGGCUGCCUACAUGUGGGUGGGCCUUAUGCGCAAAACGAAGACAUGAUGGCUUUUCAUGCAUAUACCGGUACUCCAUUAAUGAUACUGUGUACCUAUCAUUCCUGUUUGCGAGGUUCUAGUGAAGAGCCUGACGUUUCACCUUACAUGCGCAUAGGUGCGGGUAUACCUGCCACAGGACAGGACUUCUCUGAUUUUUCAUGUACCUUGCAAUUUAUCCACUCGAGAGGCUUGUCAAUAAAGAUAAAGCAUCUCU